AUGAAAUAUAUAUUAGUAUCUGGUGGUGUUAUUUCUGGUAUAGGAAAAGGCAUAUUUGCCUCUUCUUUAGGAGUUUUGUUAAAAACCCUUGGGUUAAGAGUGACUGCUAUAAAAAUAGAUCCUUAUAUGAAUAUCGAUGCAGGGACUAUGAGUCCUAUCGAACAUGGGGAGGUUUUUGUAUUAAAUGAUGGUGGAGAAGUUGAUCUUGAUUUAGGCAACUAUGAACGUUUUCUGGACGUAACUCUUACCAAAGAUAAUAAUAUUACCACAGGAAAAAUUUAUCAACAAGUUAUCCAGAAGGAGCGUAAAGGGGAAUAUUUGGGCAAAACAGUUCAAGUGGUUCCGCAUAUUACUGAUGCAAUUCAAGAAUGGAUUGAACGUGUAGCUAUGAUAUCAGUCGAUCACAGCGGUGAAAAACCCGAUGUUUGCAUCAUCGAACUUGGUGGUACCGUUGGUGACAUAGAAUCCGCACCAUUUAUAGAAGCCAUGCGUCAAUUUCAAUUUCGAGUGGGACAUGAGAAUUUUGCUUUGGCACAUGUUUCGUUGGUACCUAUCAUCGGACCAGUCGGAGAACAAAAGACCAAACCUACUCAGACCACCAUCAGAGAAUUGAGGGCUUUGGGUUUAUCUCCGGACUUGGUUGGUAACGGCCGUAAUGAUUCAAGAAUGUUUUCUCGAAUAAAAUAUCAAUUAAAACGUCAUAUUAAUUUACAGAUUGCAUGUCGUUGCUGUAAGCCAUUAGAACCUGAAGUACGUGGAAAGAUAUCUAUGUUUUGUCAUGUUGGAAAAGAACAAGUUAUCUCAGUUAGAGAUGUUCUUUCAACCUAUCAUGUACCUCUUUUGUUGAAAGAGCAAGGUGUAUUGAGUUUCUUUCGUAAAAGGCUUGAUCUGAAUAUCAUGCACAUUUCCACAGAACAGCGAAUCAAGGGCGAAUGCAUAUUAAAAGAAUGGACAAAAUUAACAGAAGAUCACGACCGCCUUAAUAAAUCUGUCACAAUCGUGUUAGUAGGCAAAUAUACUAAUCUUCAAGAUUCGUAUCUUUCCGUAAUUAAGGCAUUAGAACAUUCUGGUUUAAAAUGUGAGCGAAAACUGAUACUAAAGUGGGUAGAAGCAUCCGAAUUAGAACAUAAGUAUGAAAAGAUAAAUCCUGAAAAGUAUCGCGAAGCUUGGAAUCUCUUGUCUUCUGCUAAUGGUAUUUUAGUUCCUGGAGGAUUUGGGAAUCGGGGAACGGAGGGUAAAAUUACUGCAGCAAAAUGGGCACGAGAAAAAAAGAUUCCGUAUUUAGGUAUAUGUCUUGGAUUACAGAUAGCAGUGAUUGAAUUUGCACGUAAUGCUUGUGGAUUUUCAGAUGCGAACUCGGAAGAAUUCGAACCAGAUGUUACGCAUAAGAUUGUGAUCAAUAUGCCUGAAGUGUCCCUUAUUCAUCUUGGAGGAACUAUGAGAUUAGGCAUGCGAUCCACUAUAUUCCAAGACGGUACGGAAAAAUGGUCAAUAACACGCAAACUUUACGAGGCCUCCAAUUUCAUUGCUGUUGGUAAAAAACACAUUGAUGAACGUCAUAGACAUAGAUAUGAAGUGAAUCCAGAAUAUAUAUCUGCUUUAGAAGAAAAAGGAAUGCACUUCGUAGGUCGUGAUGAGACCGGCAAGAGAAUGGAAAUUAUGGAAUUAAAAGGUCACCCAUUUUUCGUUGGUACACAAUAUCAUCCCGAAUAUCUUAGUCGACCUUUAAAGCCUUCCCCGCCAUUACUUGGGUUUGUUAUGGCAUCAGCAGGGUUAUCAUUGGAUAAUAUAUUUCAGAAUUAG